UAGCCCCCAGUUGGGUUAGGUUUUACGCUGGAAAUUCUCAACCAAGUGGUGUGAAAAAAAAGAAGAAAUUUUCGUUCGACAGAAUUAAAUGUUUUUCACCGAGUGCAAACAGUUCCCCAAAAUUCACUCGGAUAAAUAACUAACUGUCCUCCAAGUGUUGAUGCUGAAACAUUCGUGCAAUAAAUUUAAAAUCCUCAUAAUCACGUGAAUAAACGUGUGACCCAUCGAGGCACCGUUGUAUUCCCUUGUAUAUGAUAUUCUAAACGGAAAAUGAGUCGACAUGAAGGGGUAAGUUGUGACUCCUGCCUAAAGGCCAAUUUUCGGGGUCGGAGAUACAAGUGCCUGGUGUGCUACGAUUAUGACUUAUGUGCCAGCUGCUACGAGGCUGGGGCUACCACCACACGCCACAAUGCUGAUCACCCUAUGCAGUGUAUACUCACUCGAACUGAUUUUGAACUUUAUUAUGGAGGUGAAGGUGUGAGUGUGGAGCAGCCGCAGUCAUUGACCUGUCCUUAUUGCACGAGAAUGGGAUUUACUGAGGCAACUCUCCAGGAGCACGUGGCCGCGGAUCACCCUGACACGACUUUUGAAGUGGUGUGCCCUGUGUGCGCCUCGCUACCAGGUGGUGAUCCAAAUCAUGUAACCGAUGACUUUGCGAAUCACUUGACUCUGGAGCACAGGAGUGGCCCGAGGGAUUUGAUAUCAUUUCUGGACGAGCCCGCGGCGAGUCGACAUGGUCCAAGACGGAUACCCCAUCCGUCUCGAGCUGUCGGCGGCCCAAGGCCACGCAGGUCCAACAUGCAUUUCAGCUCGUCGGGUGGACUCAGCCCAAGCAGUCGAGAUGGUAUAGAUCCUAUUGCUGAAUUGUUGACUCAAUUGUCAGGUGUACGUAGAACUGGCACUGGUACUGGCCAGACAUCCCAAUUGCAGCAGCUUCAAAUGCAAUUGCAACUGGAACGCCAGCAAGUUAGAACAGCCACGAGGCACCAACUGGAGCGACUGCCAAGGAGGCAAACCCAAGUGAUUGGUUCAGUAUCAAGUGGCAGUGGCAGUGGUACAGCGAGUGGAAGUGGUGGUACAACUGGCAGCCAUUCGACGACAAUGGCUGGUGUUGUUGCUAGCAGCACAGGGAGCAACAACAACUCCAGCAAUACUACCAACCCGUCCAGCGCGACAGCUGCCAGUAGCCAGAAUUCCAUGUUCUUGUUGCCUAGAUGCAUGGCAACGACGUUGACAGACUCUCAGCUCCAAACAAUCGAGCGUGAAAGUGCAAACAGAAGUCUUUUUGCACGUGAACUUGUGAUUGGCACCCUGUCUCAGACAUUGCCGGAAUUAACGGAUCAUCAUCAGCAGGCCAAUGAGCUCUCAGCUGUCCAAACACCUGCAUCAAGUACAACGACAGCAACAACAAGCCCCGAGACACCAGGCAGUGCUGUAAAAAAGCCUUCAUUACAUGACACAAAGAGAGAUCAUCAGGCAUCGACUGCCACCGGUACAACGACUACUGGAGCUGUCACUAAAUCUGUGGUAUCGUCAACUGGCCAGCAGUUACCCCUGCACUCUGCUGGUCAAGGAUUGCCCAAUCCUAAUGGUAUUAACACACAGAAUCCAACAAUCGUUCAGACGUUAAUGCACAGUGUUUUACCUCAACCACUGGUACUGCAGCAACCACUGCCACCACCGAUUCGAAAUACAGGAACUGGAACGAUCAGAGAGCCCAUUGCAACACCAGCACCUGCGUAUCUUCGCGGUGGUGUUGGCCCAGUCGGUGUAACAGGUCCAUCACGUCGAAAGCCAGUGAGGGCCGUCGACGGUAGAAACCAAUCGACGGAGCCACCACCCCCUCACUAACCCCCAAUCUUUUAGGUCUUUACCACUGUUUAAUUACUUUUUCUUUCCCACCCCCUGAACUCCACGGAUAAUUGCCCCUGAAAAUAAAAAAAAUAUUAAAAUUCUCCCCACUCCCCCAUACCCCAAUUAGCACUAGUCCUAGCACUGUUUAGAUCACUUCAAUCAUUGUUGUUUAUUAUUAUAAUAUAUGCUAUUCAUUUUUUUUCGACCAGAGAGAAAGAAAAAGCCCUCUUAACCCGCCUGCCUGAAUACACUGCAAGAAAAUCUCUCUAAAAUCAUGCGAAAUGUGAAUAUUAAGUGAAGACGAUUGGAACGAUCCUGAGACAUAGAAGAUAAAUACUUAUUAAAAUGGAAAUUAAAUCGAUUAAAAAUAUUUAGAUGAUUGGUUUAUCAUUUGUAUUGAUGCUUUAUCUUGGGAUUAUUUUGAUCUUUUUGGUUUUCAUGGUCUGGCGUACUAUUUGUCGUACUAUUUAAUUGAUUAAUGGAGUGCAUGAGUGAGUAACAAGGUGUUUCGAAUUAGUAAGCAGGUUUCUGAUAAUAGUUUGAAAUAAAGUGAGAGAUAAGGAUUUCUUGUCCAUUUAUUUUUUUCUUGGGAGCCCUGAGGGAUGAUUUUUAUGGAAUUUUUACAGGUGUUGCAAACGAAAAGUUGAUAAAAUCACUAUUUUUAAAUAUUAUUUCGUGAAAUAAAAAAAUUAGAAACAACAAUACUUCAUAAUUAUGCCACAUAAUUUUAAGCCUCCUUUUUCCUCUUUUUUUUUUCAGAGGAAAAAUUCCAUAAAUUCACGAUAAAUAAUUUAUUUAAUUCAAUGUUAUGAUUAUUAUUGGAAAUCGUGGGAGGAGGAAACUGAGAUGUCCUUGGGGUAUUCAGAAGGCGGGCUAAUACCACAAAAGACUCCUUGCAAAUUAAACAACAGAAUAAAUCAUUAUAAUUUAUCGAUUCCCCGGUAUUUAAUUUGUUGCUACAAUUAACGUGAUUCUCAUAAAUUAUUAUUAUUCAUCAUUAAUAAUUACUAACAUAAGGCUUGUAUCUAUAUAAUAUACCCCGUGUUUUCAACAGGAAGAUUAAUCACUGGGGCCUCAUUGUAAUAUAUUAAUUCGAUUUUAAGGAUUGAAAAAUGAUUGAAAAAAAAACCCAAAAAAAAUGACAAAAAGAUUUUAAAAGCAGGGCUGAGAGUGUACCUAUCAUUAACAACCGUUUAAUCCAGACAAAAAUACACCUCAAUCCAUUUUCAAUAAUUUUCUCGUUUCCUUGAUGAAUUUUUGUAAUAAAAACGAGUUUCCCAGGAACAGGAGAAUUUUAAAAAUCAGGAAGGAAUUUUUAAAAAAAUACGAAAGUGAUCAGUUGUAACAAAUAAUCGUGCACUGUCUGUAGACUGCACUAGCUGUAGAAAA